AUGCAUUUAGAUCAAGAAACAUUUGCACAUACUGUUCUUAAUCAAAAUGAAAAAGCAUAUAUUGUUGAAUUUUAUGCAGAUUGGUGUGGACAUUGUAGAGCAUUUGCCCCAUAUUAUAAAGAAUUUUCUAAUAGUGUUAAAGAUUGGAGUGAUAUUGUUGUUGUUGGUGCAAUGAAUUGUGCUGAUCCAUAUAAUUCUCAUGAAUGCCGUAAUAAUAAUGUUGAUCAUUAUCCAAUGGUUAAAUAUUUUCCAAGAUCAUCAAGAAAUUAUAAAGAUGGUAUAUUAUUACAACCAGAACAUUCAACACAAAGUUUAAGACGUAUGUUAUCAAGUAAAAUAUUAAAUGAACAACAACAUGUUCAAUAUUUAAAUUGGCCAAAUUUUAAUUAUCUUGAUAUAACACCAGCAACACAAUUUAAUGAUUUAUGGUAUGGUAUACCAAUAUCUGCUGAAUAUCUUGUAAUUAUUUUUGAACAUUUUGAUACAAUAUCACCACAAUUUAUCUUAGAUUUAUAUAAAUAUCGUAAUAAAAUUGGUGUUAGACGUGCAUUAUCUAAUUCACCACUUGUAACACAAUUAGGUAUUACAUCAUUUCCAUAUGUUGUUGUAUUUAAAAGAGAACGCCAACAAGCUAUAUUUAUGGAUAAUUAUACUCCAAAUACUAUAUAUGAUAUUUUAACAUUAACAUCACCUCAACAUAUAUCACAAAUACCUUAUCAAGAAUUAACAACAACAACUGUUCCACCAAAAAAAAUUGGAAGAAAUUGUAGUCGUACACCAGAAUUAUGUAAACCACUUUAUUAUGCUUCUGAAACUGAUAUGUUAAAAGCAGUACGUAUGGCAUUAUAUGAUGAAGUUUUAAGAACUGAUAGUUAUAUUCAAGGUGCUAAUUUAACAAAUUUAUAUAAUUUUGUUAAUCUUCUUUCACAACAUUAUCCUGUAUUAACAUUUCAUAGUGCUAUUAAAAGACAACGUAGAUCAGUUUCAUCAAUACUUAAAAAUUCUGAAAGAGCAAAAUUAAUUUUUAAACAUUUAAAUGAAUUUUUAUCUGUACGUGUUAAUAAUGGAUUACUUCCAAUACAAGAUUGGAAAAAUCAAUUUGAAAGUAUUGAAAGAUUAUAUGCUUAUCCUUUUCCACAAAAUUCAAGUUGGCAACAUUGUGCUGGUAGUGAACCACAAUAUAGAGGAUAUACAUGUGGUUUAUGGACAACAUUCCAUACAUUAACAGUUCAUACAUAUUUAGAUACUGUAAAAGAAGGAGCAAUUGAUGUUUUAAAACCAUUAAAAGAUAUUCAAGGAUGGGUUAGUAGUUUUUUCGGUUGUUUACAUUGUAGAAACCAUUUUAUGCAUAUGACAACUACCCUAUUUCCAAUGAAUGAGCGUCGGAUACGACAUAAACAUGAUAUAAUGAUGUAUUUAUGGAGAGCUCAUAAUAUUGUUAAUAAUAGACUUCAUAAUGAUCCAACAGAAGAUCCAAACUUUUUAAAAUAUCAAUUUCCUCCAUUAUUUUUAUGUCCAACAUGUCAUUCUGGUGGUAAUUUUAGUAGAAGACAAGUCAGAAACUUUUUAUUAAGGUAUUAUGGUAAUAUUAAACCACACGUUAGGACACAUCAUAAAUAA